GCUAAGUCCAGAACUUAUCAAGAUAAGGGUAGCAGAAGUCGAUUGAGAAUUUGAGAGACAGUGCGAGUGAACUUGGGGAGUAAAUAAUGAUGAUAACGGUGAGAGAAGCUUCUUCCUCUGCCCUCUGCUUCAACCUCAACCUCUCGAGGUCCUCUCAUCCCGCUUCCACAGCCUCUCCAAGACUACGAAACUCCGUCUCAAGAGCCAGCUUUGCUGUCCACACAAAACCCAACAGCACGCCGAAUUCAUGGAACCUUGCUCUCUUUUGCAACAGCUGCAAAGGCCCAGUUUUUGACCCAUUGGGCAUCGAUUCAGAUAAAUCUUUGGGUCUCAAUGCUACCUGGGAGAGUGCCCUAGGUUUACUGUCACAAACAUUUGGGAGUACCUCAAGUACAAAGAAGGAUAAAUCAGCUUCAGGUCAAGGAGUGGCAGCUGCAAUUGAGGAUAGUUCCAUUGACUUUGGGGACUUCUUCAAAGGGCCAUUACCAGGAAAAUUUCUAAAGCUUUUGGGGUUAUUGGCCUUAUCCCGCCUUGGAGUCUAUGUACCUCUUGGUGGUGUAAACAGGGAGGCCUUUGUUGGCAAUUUAGAUCAGAACAGUUUGUUGAGCACUUUAGAUUCAUUUUCUGGAGGCGGCAUUGGUCGACUUGGGAUAUGCUCCCUUGGCAUUGUUCCCUUUAUCAAUGCACAGAUUGUAUUUCAGCUUCUCACUCAAAUUUAUCCCAAGUUGCAAGACCUUCAGAAAAGAGAAGGUGAAACAGGAAGAAAAAAAGUUCUUCAGUAUACUCGCUAUGCUUCAGUAGGUUUUGCUCUAGUGCAGGCAAUUGGGCAAGUACUUUUUCUCCGGCCCUAUGUCAAUGACUUUAGUACACAGUGGGUUCUAUCUUCUGUUACUUUAUUGACUCUUGGAUCAGUACUUACUACAUAUAUUGGGGAAAGGAUCUCUGACCUAAAACUUGGAAAUGGUACAUCCCUUCUAAUCUUCACAAGCAUCAUCUCCUACUUGCCAGCUUCUUUUGGUAGGACGGUUGCACAGGCAUUUCAGGAUGGUAACUACAUUGGACUCGUCAUCAUCAUAAUCUCCUUCUUCCUGUUAGUCCUUGGUAUUGUGUAUGUUCAGGAAGCAGAGAGGAAAAUUCCACUUAAUUAUGCAUCAAGAUAUACCAACAGAACUGGAGGCCUUCAAAAAUCUGCUUACCUCCCUUUCAAGGUGAAUAGUUCUGGGGUAAUGCCGAUCAUAUUUUCUACAUCAUCAUUGGCUCUUCCUGGUACUCUGUCACGCUUUACUGGAUUAGCUGCACUAAAGAAGGCUGCAUUGGCUUUAAAUCCUGGGGGUUCUCUUUAUCUCCCAACCAACAUACUUCUGAUAGCCUUCUUCAACUACUAUUACACUUUCCUACAAUUGGACCCUGAUGAUGUGAGUGAACAGUUGAAACGUCAAGGUGCAUCAAUCCCACUUGUGCGACCCGGUAAAAGUACAGCUGCAUUUAUUAAAAUGGUACUGAGUCGGAUAUCAGUUCUCGGAUCUGGGUUUUUGGCAAUACUGGCUGCUGGUCCCUCCUUGGUUGAACAAACCACGCACCUGACAGCAUUUCGGGGGUUUGCAGGCACGUCUGUUCUCAUCCUUGUUGGUUGUGCUACAGACACAGCAAGGAAAGUCCAAGCAGAGAUAAUUUCCCAGAAAUAUAAGAACAUAGAAUUUUAUGACAUUGACAGGUCUACUGGGAAUAUUCAUUCCCCUUUCCAGAGGGAGGAAAGGAGAGGAAGAUUAUGGGUAAAGUUGGAAACAUGGUUUAGAAAAUAUUUUAUGAAGAAUCACCUAAAUUAACCAUCUGGAUCGUGGUUAGGUGGGCGGUUUGAUAAUUCUUUCCCCA